AUGGCUCUCUUGGCGACACGUUUGACAGCUCUCUUCUCGGCACUUGCCUCCUCGUUCGGCGUCAUUUUGAUCUGGACUCUCUACACCGGCGGCAACCCCGUACUGUUGGAGAUCUACAAGCCAUGGUUGCGCGCCGCAGUAGCUGAGUUAGAGAUCAACUGUUUCACCUUUGCGCUUUGGACGGUGUACAAGGAGUCCAGCUACGUGUAUUCAGGAAUUUGGAUAUUUUUUAUGUUCUGGACUGGCAGCCUGGGGACUUGCGCCUAUAUCUUCGUUCAGUUUCUCAAGUUGUCACCUCAAGAAUCUGCCGAAGACCCUAUCUACCAUGUGUUAUUGCGGCAUGAACACAAGAGCUACGAGGAACAGAAGGCCGGGAAGAGAUGUCUAGUGGUUGCUGCAACAAGAAUUGCUUACCCCAUUUUAGGUUGUUUGCUGAUCGCAUCAGUUGUUUACGCUGUUAUGACGGAUGGUUCUCCUUUCCGUAGAGAGGUCCUCCUGGCACCGUGGCAGAUGACAACAGUGGUCGACUUCUAUGUACACAUUGUGGCUCUUUUGGUGUGGGCUGUGUAUAAGGAAACAAGCUGGUUGAGUGCUUCCUUGUGGAUACUUCUAUUUGUAUGUUUUGGCAGUCUUGCUACUUGUGCUUACAUGACAAAAGAGUUGUUUCAACUUGGUUCUCAAGAUCCAAUGCACCUCAUUUUGUUGAAACACAAUAGCAGGCCUGCCAGACUUCCUCUUCUCAAUUCAGUCCAGCCGCAAAGGGUUGUGUAA